GGGCGCUUCCUUGUUUAUAUUUGUAAGAGGAACAGUUCGUGUUCCUUUAAAGAUUUCAAUACGAUGAAAACAUUUAUAUAAACAAAAGUUAUCUUACAAGUAAAUAAUAUAAAUCUGAAAAUAUAUGUGUGAUUUCAACAAAAAUAGCAUUAUGGUGCAGUUUGUUUGUGCUUGUCUUAAUAUCCGAAUACAUGCUAAAGGGAGUGAUAUCUCGGCAAUUAAUACUUCAGAUCUUCAUUUAUCUACAACUGAAGACAACGAUAAAUUUUUCAAAAAUAGUAUAACCAAAGUUUCCUUGGAUCUAGGUGGAAUUACUAAGUCUCAAAACAACUUUGUUCAUAGUCGAACAGUAGGAAAAUGGGACAUUAUUUCAUGCAUCAGCUGUGGAAUGGAUUGUUAUGCAAAUCAUAAAGAUGAUUCUGAUAGUAAUGUAUUUGUGAAUCUGCAAUUAGAGAGUGAUAAGGAAAGGAUUACAGCUAUUAUGGAAAAACCUAAUUAUUCACCAUUAUUUAAAAUGUUGCUUCCUAUUACAAAUAGGUCUGGAAAUGAAAAUGCAUGUGGUUUUGAAUGUGCAAUUCAGAAUAAACAUUUAGAAGCAGCAGUUAUGGCUGUCCAUCAACAAGUGACUUCAUAUCUCCAUCAUGAACAGCAAUCAAUGGAAGAAAGAAUUAGGUCUUAUAUUUCACAACAACAAGCUGAAUUUACUGUCUUACAAAAUAAAGUUCAUCAAGAUAAACAAGCAAUUUUAAGUUUGUUAUUAAAAUUAGAAGAGCAGGUUGAUAAUAAAAGGGAAAUGGAUUCUAACAAUACCACAAAUUUAUUUCUUCCAGCAACAUCUUUAAUUUCUGAAAUGGGUCCUUUAGGUGAAUCAUCAUCAUCAAGUGAAUCUAAUUCUGCUAAAGGUGAACAAGCAGAUAAAGUUCCUAGAACUGUAAUUCAUGUUGCUAAACAUAAUUCUCAAUUAUAUUCCAGAACUUUGGCAUUUAGUAAAUCUGCUUCACGAAGAAGAUACAUUAGGCGUAGCAUGUCUCAACAACAAAGAAUGGCUCAAAGUAUUGAUGCUCUUGGUGGUGUUUUCAAUAUGGAAGGAAUAGAUUCUGGUGAUGAAUCUGUACCAUUUUGCAUAUCUGAUGAUGGUUCUACAGAUGAAAGCAGUGCUGCUGAAGAUUCUGUAGUGCAUUAUCGGCGUAUUUCAAGACGUUAUGCUACAUCCUUACCAAUUAAUGUUCCUUCCUGGGCUGCAGUUAAUCAUUCCAGUGGAUCUGACGAAGAAGAAGAGGCACCACCUCUUGAUGAUCCUGAACAAGUCGCCGCCAGUAUCAAAGCACUCUCUCUCAGCGUAAAAGAUGACGGUACUAAAAUGUUUGGAGAUCUUCCUCCGUCACAGUUGACUACUGCUGAUUUAUUAAAUUCUCAUCCAUUGCUAACUGGACAAGAAUAGCAAAACAUUAUCGUCAAAGAGACGGAAUAGCAAUGGGAUCAGUGGUUGGCCCAAAACUUGCAGACAUUUGUAUGGCAUCAUUAGAUGGAAGAAUCUUCCAGUUUCAAGGUAUUGUUUUUUAUACUAGAUAUGUGGAUGACAUAUUAAUUUUGUACGACUCAAACGACACCA